AUGGCAAAUCAAGUCCCAGUCAAAUGGACCGCCGAGGAGGUCGAGGUCCUCAACCUUCUCGUUGGAAUCAUCUUCAACGACGACUACCUUCGCCCUACGGCGUGGUGUGGAGUGGCCGAAGGGGUCACAAACGAGAUGUUGAGCCGCUACCCCAACCAAGAGCAUCGGCUUUAUACCCCUUUAUCCUGCCAGCUCAAGUACGACAAGUUGAUCCAAGGUAUCGAUGACGAUGAGGAUGAGGAUGAUGAUACGGUCGUGGCGCGACCACAAACCCCUUACCAACACCACCACAAACAACCUCGAGCCGUCCUUGGUGACGUUCAACCGGACGACCCACGCUACAUCCCACUCGGCGCCCACCCCGAUCUCCACGAGACGCACGGUGAUGAACAACUCGGUGCUUUUCCUGCCAAUCNCCUUGGUGACGUUCAACCGGACGACCCACGCUACAUCCCACUCGGCGCCCACCCCGAUCUCCACGAGACGCACGGUGAUGAACAACUCGGUGCUUUUCCUGCCAAUCAAGGACUCUCGGGAGCCCAGUCGCCGGAUGCUGGUGGAGAGGAGGGAAUGAUGGGCGGUGGGAUGAUGGCACCUCCAUCCGUGUACGGUACCGGUCCUGAGGGCUUCGCUGCCCCUCAUAUGAAUGCUGAUGGACGGGAAAUACACGGGGGAGGGGGAUCUGAUGGAAAUGGUGAUUUUGUUUUGGGUGGAGAGAUGGGGGAGGGGGAGGCUGAUAUUGGAGACCUCGAGCGUUGGUUCUUGGAGCCUGUCACUCCUGGCCCCAUCACGAGGAGAUGA